AUGGAUAACGAAAGCGCGCAAAACGACAUAGCACUGGCUCCUGGUGAAUGGAAGGAGAUGAUGGAGUUCCUGGGGAAGGAGGGGAUACCGGCUCUGAAGCGUAGGUUUGGAGCAGUCCCGCAGGAAAGUACGAGCGAGGGCCAUGACGCACAGGAUUGCUCGCGCUUCCCGGCUCGCGUUAGCGGGGAUCCGUCGUCUGCAACCCCCGCGUGCGAAGGAUGCCGUUGGGCUGUCGAAGACCUUAAAUGGCGACACGAGGUCGCGUGGGGGGCAAUGGGCGACGAGGCGACGCAACUUGUGGCCGAGGCUCUGGCUAGCGACGAGGCCUUCAAGCUUAAGCGGCGUACCACGUCCGGGCAAAUGGCGUCGGCGGAUAUGGUGGCAUGGGAGAAGAAGAAGGGUGAGCUGGAGGCAGCGCGCCAGAUGGCGCUUGACGCCGCGCGCCCUGGCAAGACUUGUCCACCCCAUACGUGUUCUAUGGGUCAAGCCUUGGGAGGAAAUAGUGAGAGUGAGGAUGACGCGUACGAGAGCGACGUUCCGCCGCUCGUGCCGUUCUCGGACGAAUAG